ACUAUGAAUCAGAGUGGAAUGUUGGAAGAGGCGACUCUGGGACUGGAUGCUGGUGAUAGGCUUGAGGGCGAAGAAGUAUUACAGGGAAAUCUCACAACCAUCAUAAGCCGCUUCCAGUCGACAAGGAAAUCUCGCCCGGUGUGGGGACCCCACAAACAAAAGACCAACAAUGCGGACAAAGAAGAUAUAAGGGAGUCUCACGAUAGCCAA